UGUCCACUGGAUCCUCGGUUAAGGCUGGGUGAUCGAUCUCCAUUAAGUCGCCAGUUCAAAUUUCACAAAAAGAUCCGCAAAAUUUAUUUGAUUUAUCUCGCGAUACAAUGGAUGAAACGUUCUUCGAUCUAAUGGAGUUCUUGAAGAAACCUACGAUAACCGAAACAUUCGUCGACAUUUUGUUGUGCGCAGUGCCGAUAUGGCUAGCCGUGAUGAUCGGGCUCGUAAUCGGCUGAGCUUGGCGGCCUAGGUGGACCAGCUUGGUUUUUCUAGGCCUCCGGUCUAAGUUCCGGUUCAUUUGGACCGCUCCUCCUGGAUUCGUUGCUCGCCGUGUCUGGCUCGCCUUCACCGCUCUCUCCGCUUUCUCCGUUUUCCGCGCGGUUUUUUCUAACUUCAUCAAAGGGAGUGCCGGGAAAUCGGCUGCUGGAGCUUCAAUUUCUGCCAUUCCUUUGCAACCGCCGUCUCCUACGGUGAGGGCUUCGCCGGAAGGAGCAGCUGGUACUCUUAGCGGUAAAGCUGAAGAAAGAAGACAGGACAUUGUCACCGAGAAUGACUUAGCUCACCUCUUAUAUUUACUCGAAGGGAAGGAAGGGGAGAUGGAAUGGCAAUAUAUGAUGGAAAAGAUGAUCCCAAAUAUGUCAUACCAAGCAUGGCGCCAUGAGCCUAAGAAUACCCCUGCAAUUUACCUUAGUAGAACUGUCUUUGAGGAUGCAACUCCAGAGUUGGUCAGAGAUUUCUUCUGGGAUGAUGAGUUUCGGACAAAGUGGGACACUAUGCUUUCAUGUGUUGAAAUCUUAGAGGAGUGUCCUCGUACAGGAACAAUGAUUGUUCACUGGAUAAAAAAGAGCGAUUAAAUGAAUGUUCCCUUUUUUCUGCAGUAUCGAGAGUACAUAAUUGCUCGAAGAAUAUGGGAGGAUGGAAAUUCUUACUAUUGUGUGACAAAGGGUGUGUCAUAUCCUGGUUUGCAGAUGCGUGACAAACCGAGACGUGUGGAGCUUUAUUUUUCAAGUUGGAUUAUCAGGGCUGUAGAAUCCCGAAAAAGAGAUGGGCAGAUGUCUGCUUGUGAGGUAGCUCUUGUACAUUAUGAAGACAUGGGGAUCCCGAAAGAUGUGGCGAAAUUGGGUGUUCGUCAUGGGAUGUGGGGAACUGUUAAGAAAUUACACUCUGGCAUGAGGGCAUACCAGAAUGCGAGGAGAACCGACACUACCUUGUCAAGAUGCACUCUGAUGGCAAAAAUUACCACAAAAAUGUCUCCUAAUGAGAGCAAAGAUCUCUUGGUCCCGUUUCCGGGGAAGAUGAAAAGGCUCGAACCACGGUUAUGAGUAGGUAGCAUGGUAAUGGGCUUGAUUGGAAAUGGAUCGCCGUAGGUGGAACUGUGGCUCUGGUUUUUGGACUCCACUCAGGUAUAAUUGGGAAGGCCUUGUUACUUGGGGCAGGGAGAAGAGUCGGUGGCGGU